AUGGGCCGCGCGGUGACCGUGGCCGCCUGCGCGCUCAACCAGUGGGCGCUGGACUUCGACGGCAACUUGCGCAGGAUCCUGACGAGUAUCGAGGUCGCCAGGAGCCGAGGCGCGCGGUACCGGCUGGGCCCGGAGCUGGAGAUCUGCGGCUACGGCUGCGCCGAUCACUACCUCGAGUCGGACACGCUGCUGCACUGCUGCCAAGUGCUGGCCGAGCUGCUGCGCGCCCCGGCCGCCCGGAACAUCCUCUGCGACGUGGGCAUGCCCGUUAUGCACCGGAACGUUCGCUACAACUGCCGAGUGAUCUUCCUGAACGGAAAAAUUCUUCUGAUCAGACCAAAAACAAUACUGGCAAAUGCAGGAAACUACAGGGAACUUCGCUGGUUUACCCCAUGGAGCAAACCAAGGCAUGUGGAAGAAUAUUUUCUACCCAGGAUAAUUCAGGAAGUGACAGGACAGGAAACUGUUCCUUUUGGGGAUGCAGUGCUCGCAACCAAAGAUACCUGCUUAGGGACUGAAAUGUGUGAAGAACUCUGGGCACCAAACAGCCCUCAUAUUGAAAUGGGACUCGAUGGGGUGGAAAUUUUCACCAACUCGUCCGGGAGUCAUCACGUGCUGCGGAAGGCUCACACGCGCGUGGAUUUGGUGAAUUCUGCCACAGCAAAGAAUGGUGGCAUCUAUCUUCUGGCUAACCAGAAGGGCUGUGAUGGUGAUCGUCUGUAUUAUGACGGGUGUGCCAUGAUUUCCAUGAACGGAGACACGGUUGCGCAAGGAUCCCAGUUUUCUCUUGAUGACGUGGAAGUGCUGGUUGCCACACUGGAUUUAGAGGAUGUCCGAAGUUACAGAGCAGAGAUUUCAUCUCGUAACUUAGCGGCAAGUAAAGUGUGUCCCUAUCCCCGGAUAAAAGUGAAUUUUGAGCUGUCAGAUUCUGAUGAUGUGGCUGUACCCGCUUAUAUACCCAUUCAGUGGAGACAUCAUAGCCCUGAGGAGGAGAUCUGCCUUGGCCCUGCGUGUUGGCUUUGGGACUUCUUACGGCGCAGCAAACAGGCAGGUUUUUUUCUACCUCUUAGUGGUGGAAUUGACAGCUCCGCUACAGCUUGCAUAGGAUAUUCCAUGUGUCACCAGGUUUGCCUGGCAGUCAAGAAUGGAAAUGCAGAGGUGCUGGCCGAUGCCCGUAGGAUUGUGAACGAUGAGGCCUACGUCCCCGAAGAUCCCCGGGAAUUCUGCGGGCGCAUCUUCACCACCUGCUACAUGGCUAGCGAGAACUCCACCCAGGAAACCUGCAACAGGGCCAAGCUUCUGGCUGAGCAAAUAGGCAGCUAUCACAUCAAUCUGAACAUAGAUGCAGCUGUGAAAGCUAUUGUGGGAAUUUUCAGCUUGGUGACAGGCCAAAGUCCCCGUUUUUCUGCCUACGGAGGGAGCAGCAGAGAAAAUCUGGCACUCCAGAACGUGCAGGCUCGAAUAAGAAUGGUUCUUGCCUAUCUGUUUGCUCAGCUGACCCUUUGGACUCGUGGGAUGCCUGGGGGACUUCUGGUGCUAGGAUCAUCCAAUGUGGACGAAGGUCUCCGAGGAUACUUGACAAAGUAUGACUGUUCCAGUGCUGAUAUCAACCCAAUUGGUGGCAUCAGCAAGACUGAUCUGAAGAGCUUCAUACAGUAUUGCAUUGAAAACUUUCAGCUCACAUCCCUCAGGAGCAUCAUGUCAGCUCCUCCUACUGCAGAAUUGGAGCCCUUGGUGGAUGGACAGUUGUCUCAAACUGAUGAGGCAGAUAUGGGAAUGACAUAUGCAGAGCUCUCCAUCUAUGGCAGAUUAAGAAAAAUUGCGAAGGCUGGACCAUACAGUAUGUUCUGUAAGCUGAUUAGUAUCUGGAAGGAGAUCUGUACUCCAAGAGAGGUGGCAUCAAAGGUUAAGCAUUUCUUCAGGAUGUAUUCCAUUAACAGACAUAAAAUGACCGUUCUCACUCCUGCGUACCAUGCUGAAAACUACAGUCCCGAUGACAACCGAUUUGACCUGAGGCCUUUCCUUUAUAACACUACCUGGUCCUGGCAAUUUAGGUGUAUAGAUAAACAGGUGCUUGAUCUAGAAAGAAAGGAAGGAGAACCUCAUGCUGAAGAUGUGGACUAAUGUCUAUUUAAUAUGGUAAUAAUCUGAGAAACAGAAUGUUAAAAACUGGAGUAUCCUGUGAUGAUGAGUAAUUACUCAAGUAAUUGUUGAAGUUACCUUAACCAACAGUAUUUGUAAUCAAGUCUUUUUUCUUUUUUUUUUUAUUUGACUGACUCUGAUUUGUUCCCAAUAUACUUGAAGACUAGUUUGGCUAAAGAGUCACUCGUUGAAGAUUUGCUUGAACUACUUGAAUUAAUUGCCAUUAAUUGAAAAUAUUUGGACAAGCCCAUCAAUCAUAAAUAAAUGUAAAGGAAUCUUUAUUGUGAAAGUGUAAAUGCACCCGUGUAUUUAGUUUAAGUAGAUCAAAUGAUUAGUCUUAAGAGUUUUUUGAGUAAAUUUACAACUGAAAGCAUAGAACUCUUAUCAUUUGUGAUACAUGCUGUUGAGCAAAAGAAAUCUCAUUUUACUUUAUAAUAAAGCUAUAAUUUUAUUAUGUUAAUUGACAACAUGUUUUACAUGUUAAUCUAUUUAGAAUUAGCCCUAUAAACAGGUCCAGCACUUUGAAUAGCAACGUAAGCUCAAAUUCAGCAAAGUACUAGAAUGUAAAACAUACUACUCGUGUCUCAGUUGUAUCCUUAAGGUCAGUAGGUUCAAUUCCAAAUGAAUUGGAAUUCAUUUGCUUGUUGUGCAUUUACUUGUGUAACUUGUUACAAUUUGUUUUAAAACUUCUGACCUCAUUUUUUCAGCAUAUCAAUUCUUAUUUCAUAAGGAUGUUCAAGGACUGUUAAAUGGCUACUGUUCUCCCAACAGUCUCAGCUGAAUUAUGAAGAUUUUUAAAGGAUUAUAAAUAAAAAUGA